AUGGCUAACAUAUCCCUCCAUCUUAGGACGAGGUAUCUUCACACCAAGGCGGCUUUCAUUUAUUUUUCCAAAACAUUUAUCGGCGGCAUAGGCCACAGCUUGAAACCCUACGAGGAGGGUGAGGACAUAGCAUGUUUCUUGGAACGUAUGGAGCAAUAUUUUGAAGCUAAUGCUAUGAAAGAAAAAAAAGUGGCAUCUUUACUCGUAAGUUUGCACGAAGACGUCUACAAAACGUCGAAAAACGUUCUGCAUCCGGAUUUACCAUCCAGAAAAACCUACAAGCAGAUUGAGGAAGCACUCAAACUUCGCUUUAAAAUUUCUCACUACAGAAAGGUGAUUGAGUUCGAUAGGCUUCGACAAGAGGACGGCGAGAAUGUGGCGACUCUCAAAUUCGUGAGGCAUCGGGAACGCAUGGAGCAAUAUUUUGAAGCUAAUGCUAUGAAAGAAAAGUGGCAUCUUUACUCGAGUCAGCGAGCAAUUACAGAGUGGUCAACAAGAUAUUCAAGAACACAAGUGGCAACGAGCACAACCAGGGCAAGGAGCACCACCAGGGCAAAGGACAAGGAUGUGUAUUACAUACAGUGCGUUCAUUGCGGUAAAAGUAAUCACAAUAUUUCUAAGUGUAAAUAUAAGAGUUACAAAUGGAAAGUGCGUAAUGCAUAGGUACAAUUUUAUUGUAACAAGCACGGACAUUUUGCCAGGAACUGCCGUGCUCUGAACCAGCAAGAAGUUUGUUACAUUCAGGUCAACUAAGUAAAAGUCUAUGGACAGAAGCUGUGAACUAGUUAUUUCCUAGUCCUCGACCUCUGCACUGGUAUUUCUUAUGCACUGGCUUCCCACAGUUGUAACAAGUGAAGGCACUCGAGUUGUUUUCUUUAAACAUUUUCUUCUUUUCUUCCUCUGCGAGAAGUCUUUCCAGUCUUUUCCGGCGUUUCAGCUCGUAAUGACAACCGGGUCGCAAAAUGUUCACUUCUCGAAAUGACAACUUCUUAAAAUGUCAACUUCUAUCGGUAGCCAUGUUGGUAGCGGCCAUUUUGGCCGUUAUGUCAAACUGACAGAUGGAAUUGACGUAAUUAAUGGCGUCAUUCGUGUCGAACCUCGUGUGCUGAUGGGUCCUUCUGCUCGCUUUAUUGCUUGAGUUGAGAUUGAUUCCAAGUUCCUUGUUCGAUACGAAUACUGCAGUGUUCUGGUGCUUUUGACCACGCACCGCGGUCAUGGCGCCCAUCAAAUGCUGUAUAAUUUUCCAAAGGAUGAUAAAGUUAGGGCUUUGUGGCUGUCGUUUUUGGUGUCAGUAAAUUCCGAACUUCUUGGACUAACAAAGGAUCAGUUAUUGAAUAAACGUGUGUGUCAAAAACAUUUCGACAAAUACCAACUGGAUGGGGAGGGUAAUCGUCUCAAACAUGGUUAUCCAUGUUUGUUUUCUACUGAAGAAGUCGAGCAUGGGGUACCUCUAUCUGGUAAGUGUAUUAACUUUCCGUUAAACUUUACUAUUCUAAACAUCUAAAACUGCGUGGGUAUGUCAUGCUCAAAUGUUUGGUUAUUUUCAGGUGAUCACUAUGA